AUGUUGGAGAGAUAUGACCGGAUAACUGAUGCAGUACACGGAAUUUUAGAUGACUUGGAGCUAGGCAAUCUAAAACUGGAUGUAGAAGAGACUGAGUUAGCUCUCGCACCGUUCAAGAUUGUAACUGAGUUUCUGUUUCCAAUUCCCACAGACAAAGCAUGGAUCAGGUCAUGGAAGAACGACUUUGCGUAUAACCGUUACAGAAAGGACAUUGCUGGUGAUUAUACCGCUAGUGACACCGAGGAAACUAUUACUGUCUACGAGUUCAAGAUCUGCAGAAAAUUCAUGAACAAAGCAGGAGUACUGGACGUGUACUGUAAACACAUUGUGUCCCGGUACCCAGUGGCCAACCUAAAGUUCCAGAUAGUCUCCCUCCCCGCGAAAGCUCCUCAAACCAAGUACGGACAGUGGAAGGUCAAGAGCUCCAAGAUAAGCAAGAAGUGUUAUCAGACCAGCUGGAAUAAGCAUGUGUUCGAUCUUUGUGUUAAAGUCAAGGAGGAGAAGAAGUGCAGGCGAAUAUCUAAAGGGGUGGACGUUAAAGCUGACUGUUUCACCGUAGUGAAGCGUCUUGCAGAACAUUACCCUGACGUGACCUUACCUAAUGGAGGUUUCAAUGCUGCGGCUCCUAACAAUGAUCAUAACGGGAAGAUACCGAACGGAUGGAAGAACCUGAACGAAAAGAGAGUGGAUACCCUAAGUGCUGAUAUCACCCUUCAGGGAGCCAGCAUCUUGAAACCAAGCAAAAACGGCGGCACUUUCGUCCGUUUGAACAGUAACAACAUAAUCAUAAAGAAAUUGGGGACAAAGGUCCAGCACCUGCAAACUGGGCACUUAUACAGGAUCUUGUUCGAGCAAGCCCUGCUCUACAAGUGGGGACACUGUGAGGGACACUUCAGGGUACAGCUGGGUAACCAGGUGCAGUUCUCACCCAUCAUGGGUCUCCCCAGAACCUACCCCAGCAUGUCACCUUGGCAUACUGUGUCUCUUGGAUACUACGUGGCUAUUGGACCAGAGAUGCAGCUCGUAAUAUCGGCUGUUAGAGGGCAUUAUUGUAACAACCCUAAGGGACAGACGCGAACCUUCACUGAUCUAGUGAUUGACAAUGUUUAUUUGAAGGAUAUGGGACCGAUGUCCCCUGAAGGAGCGCCAACUUUACAAAACCCAGCUGUGUCACAGCAAGGUGGAUAUACUGGGUACACUUCUACAACUCAGCAGAAAGAUUACAGCAGCGGCCGCCAAGAGGUAGGAAUUGUGAGAGGAGAGGAGUCUGGUAGCAAACAGACGCUCGUUUACGAAUCAAUAACAGGAGGAAGGGUUGAGCCAGUGUCUGAGGGAAUAACAGAAGUGCAUAGCGGUUAAGCAGUUGACUAGUAGAAUUUAUUGAUUUUUAUAAAGAAUUGCUGCGACCUUUAACACGUUCUUGGUACUUGACUUUCACUUAAAUGUUUAGCCAAGACUGGUCUUGGCUAUGCAAAAUUUAAUUUUUCUUUGUUUUGAGUUUGAAAUUUGAAUUCGAUGUAAACUGUACAGAAUGCAAAAUGAUGCUUGUAUAGAUAAACUUUGUCCUGUUACCAAUGAUAA